AUGGAAGUAACACAAUUUCAAGCAGUGCAGUAUUGCUUUCAGGCUGACAACUCAUCCUGCAUUAAAGAAGUGCGCUCGACAGUCACCUAUGUGGUGAUGUACAUUUCUGCAGCAGCAGUCGUGAUACUGGCAGUGUGUGGAAACCUGGUGGUGAUCAUUUCUAUCUCCCACUUCAAGCAGCUCCACACACCAACUAACCUCCUCCUGCUCUCUCUGGCUGUGGCAGACUUUCUAACUGGACUGACUGUGUUGCCCUUUUGCUUAAUUCUUUUAAUAGAGACCUGUUGGUAUUUUGAUACAAUUAACUGCAUAUUUUACAACACAAUUGGUUACAUCAUAUUUUCUGUUUCAUUUUAUAAUGUCGCUUGUAUAGCUAUAGACCGGUAUUUGGCUGUGUGUGACCCUUUACUUUAUUCCACCAGAGUAACAGUAAAAGCAACAAGAUUGUUUAUAGUGUUUGUGUGGCUGUUUGCAGUCCUAUACAAUUUGGCACUCAUUUAUUUUAAUGGAAAUAUUAGCAGUACAGGAAAAACAAAUAUAUGUCUUGGAGAAUGUAAGUUUGGGAUCAGUGAAGCCUGGAGUAUAGCUGAUUUAAUUGCUGUAUUUAUUCUGCCAUGCUCUGUGAUAUUAUUAUUAUAUGGAAAAAUCUUUGUUGUGGCUAGAAGACAUGCUAAAAUUGGUGAUUUGCGCCAACCUGCGACCAUGAGGACUGUGAGGAGAUGGUCUCAGGAGGAUAUGGAGGAUCUACGUGGUGCUUUGGAAGCCACCGACUGGGAUGUGCUGUGCGAACCACAUGGGGAUGACAUAGACAGCAUGGUGGACUGUGUCACUGACUAA